AUGUCCUCAGAUAACAACAAUUUGCUGAUCAAGAAGAGAUCGCCGAAUAGUAUCAACAAUAAUAACAACAAUAAUGGCUAUUUGGGAGGAGAGGGAGCUUCUAAUUCUCGUCCCUCUUCUUCGGGAGGUCCUCCAAAUAAUGCAAUAAGCAGCAACAGUAGUAAUAGUAACAAUGGUGAUAAGGUCACUAAUGGAUUGUACAGCAAACAUAAUAUUCAAGUAUUGAAUAAUAAGAAGAGUCUCAAUUCUAAAUUAUUUAUGAAGCCAUCAGUGAUACACCACCCAAGUUCAAACCUAAGGCCAAUAGCUCCGAGUAGACCGAGUUUGUUAUCUCAUGAUUCUUCUUCAUCCAUUCAAAGACCUCCAAUAUUUGUAAAUAGUGAAGAUGACGUUCGUUUGAAGAAGAUGGAGCAAUUGUGUGCCGAACAAAAAACUGAGCUAUCCACCAAAGAUCAACAAAUUAAGGAUCUUCAACUCACUGUUGGGAGACAAAAAACAAAGAUGGAAUUGCUUUCAGCGGAGAAGGACAAGCAACAAUCGACCAUUGAUACUCUCGUGAGGUUUAUGGAUAAUGCUGGGUUGAAACAUUCCUUCAAAUCGCUUUCAUCCGAGCAAAGUAAUGUUGGAAGUUCUAGUAGCUCAUCAUCUCAACCACGACCAGAAAAUACCAGAUUUACUCCUCAGCCUCCAGAGGAACGAAGAAGCAAAUCUCCUAAACCACUUAGUGAUGAUGACCUAGGAUCUAGAAUCAAUAUGAAAGUUUUGGAACAGCGAGUGGAAGCACUUAACAAGAUGAUUGACGAGGAAGAAUUAGUAGAAGUUUCAAAGAAUGGAAAUAUCAAACAAUUGAAACCUAAACCAGUUUGUAGAGUUACCUUUUGGAAGAAUGGAAUUGUUGUUGAGGGUGGACCAUUCAAGCCUUACAAGUGGGAUAUUACAAAGGCCUUCUUGACUGACAUUUUGGAUGGAUAUUUCCCGUAUGAAUUUAAGGAAAGACACCCAGAUGGAGUAAAAUUAAAAAUCAUAGACAAGACGAGUGAGGACUUUUCAAGACAAGUCGAGAGAAGUGUUGGAAUGGGCAGUUAUUUGAAGGAACAUGAGGGAAACAACAUUCGAGGAAUGGACUAUUUAAAACAUGUGGAAGAGAAUGGAAAGGAACAACCCCCACUUGAUAAGAAGGCUCUUUUAGAUAAACUUCCAAAGCAAGUGAUAAAGAAUGGAAAAGUCAUUCCAAUCAGAGAGGAAAUUGAAAAGGUUAUUACUAAGGAAACUCAAAGUGCCUCUCAGGACAAUCCCUCUGUCAUUGAGAUACAAGAUGUUGGCAUUGCAUUACUGAAUCCAAAGGAAUUGUGCACUAUCAAGUUAAAGUCUUCAACAAUGCAGUAUAUUGUCACCAUACACAAGUCUAAAACCAUUGAAGACCUCAGGAGAUUGCUCAUGGUUGAAAUGGAGAAUAAUUCAUCAUUUAGGUUGAAAGCCAUUCCAAACACCUUCUUUGAUGAUAAUAGUAUUACUCUUGAGCAAGGCAAGCUGUUUCCAAAGGCAAUUCUCAUGAUCCUUGAUAAUUAA